GGUGAAGUGUAUUGGAGCGGAGGGAGGGGGAAAUGAAACGGGGAGUGCGCACGCUCGUGGGACUCGACCGCCACCUCUGGCUUUCUGCCGAGCCAAUCACGAGGCUUUUACGAACGCGCCGCUCACCGUGCAAGCUAGCGGUGUGCUGCCGGUAAACGCGAGCACAGUCUUGGCAGUCUGCGUUUCCACGUUCGAUGUCGCGUUAUGAUAUCAGCGACCUUUCUUUUUCCUGCUUUGACGGUUACAAGGGCAUCGAACAAAUAUAUUGUCUUCGUCGAAUAAUCGGAUAAUAUACGUAACGAGGUUAUUAAAAGGAGAAAGAGAGAAAGAGAGACAGAAAGAAAAAGAGAAAGAGAAUUGUUUGACGUUAACAACUAAAGACAUCGUUCGUUCUCGUUAAUAUUUUUCGUAGUACCCGACGAUAUCGUUCGAACGAUUCUUUCUCUCAGUGUGUAUUACUAUUACUACUACUACUACUACUACUACUACUACUACUACUACUACUACACUACUAUUAUAAUAUUCUCUUUACGUAUAUACUUACAUGGGCAUGCGUUCGUGCGUGUGCUUGUUGGCGCGCGCGCGUGUUUGUGUGUGUACGAGAGUUCGUAUGUGUCCUCUUCUUAGCAGCAUCGUGUAUACACCUAUGUGUUCGUGCGAGUGAAAGAGAGCAGUGUACUAAGAAUCCGUGCCGCGAAUAUAUAUUUUUUAACGUUCGAAUAGAGUUCGCGUGUAAGUAAAACGAGUGAAGGAGAGUCUCGAAGAAAAGAAAAGAAAAGAAAAGAAAAGAGAAGAAAGAGGAGAAGAAAAGAGAGACGAGUCUGGUCGAAUAUCCGAAGAAGGAUUUACCUGAGCUAAACGCAAGAGUAUACGACCUUGAAUACGAUCAACGACGACAACGACGAUGACGACGACGACGACGACGACGACGACGACGAUGACGACGACGACGACAACGUGUACCGGCCAUGGUGCGCUGUUGUAGGUAUUAGUUGGUGCGUCAGCGUUGAAGAAUCGAGUAUCAUACGAUCGAAAGAAACACCACAGAGAGAAAGAGAGAGAGAGAAAGAGAGAGAGAGAGAAACGUAUCGUGUCUCUUUUUAACCAUAUAUAUUUCUAUUCGCAUAAGACUACUCUCUCAAGAAGAAUAAGUGUAAGUGGUAGUAUGUGCGUCGUGGUAAAAGGCGAGUGCAAACGAGCGUGGAUCGUCGUUGCAGAUACGAGUUCCGAGAUGAAGGCGGGCACGUAGAUCGGUCAGGUAGCGAGGACGACGUGAUUCUUCGAGAAAGAAGAAGAAGAGAGAGAGAAAGAGAGAAAGAGAAAGAGAGAGAGAGAGAAGCAGAGACAAGAGAGAAAAGACCUUCGGCACGAACAGCAGACGUCUUCUUACUUACUGCGUUCAUCGAAGAGAAGCGACAAGAAUGGCCACGGAAAUUGCGAACAAAAGGGCCGAAAGGGAAGCCCUUCGUGGGGUCAUACAACAAUGGAACGCAAAUCGUUUGGAUCUUUUCGAACUCUCCGAACCUAACGAGGACUUGGAGUUUCACGGUGUAAUGAGAUUUUACUUUCAAGACAGUGGUCAAAAGGUGGCAACGAAAUGCAUCAGAGUUGCAUCGGAUGCAACCAGUCGAGCCGUGAUCGAAACUCUCAUAGAAAAAUUCCGUCCAGACAUGAGAAUGUUGUCGGUACCAGAAUACGCUCUUUACGAAAUUCAUGAAAAUGGAGACGAACGAAAAUUGGAAUUGGAGGAGAAGCCGUUGUUGGUGCAAUUAAAUUGGCACGUCGACGAUCGAGAAGGACGUUUCUUGUUGAGAAGGAUCGACGAUAAGACGAAUGCACAAGGUGUUGGUUUCUCCUCGGAAGGUUCUAGCUUUCGUAGAAAGCUGAGUAAGCGAGAGAAGAAACAAAUGAGGAAACAAGAGAAGCUUGGACGUUUGAAGAGUUUGGAACAGGAUGAAAACGCAGUGCCGGUCGAUCAAAAUGGCGUCGCCGAAAAACUUUAUACUGAGCUUCCUGAGACGAGUUUCACAAGGAGUAUAUCUAAUCCGGAAGCCGUAAUGAGACGUCGUAGGCAACAAAAACUCGAAAGAAAAUUGCAACAAUUUCGUAGCAAAGAUGGCGGACCAGAUACGGGCGGUACUUUAAAGAUAUACGGAGAAGCACUUUGCAAGGAUGUACCUUAUAAAACUUUACUAUUGAGCGUUCGAGAUUCCGCGGCCCAGGUUGUGCGAGAGAUGUUAUCUAAAUAUGGUUUAGAUAAAGUCGACCCACAGCAAUAUUGCCUGGUGCAAGUGAACAAUGACAAUACAAGCGGUGGUACUCAUCAAGAGUAUAUACUGGACGACGACGAGUGCCCGUUGGCUAUUCUCAUGAAUCACCCUUCCACGCGCGGAUCAAUCAUGUUCCACGUGAGGAGGAGACCGGCGGAUUAUGUGCCUCGCAAACGUAAAAAGAAACCUUCGGGAAAAUGGAACGAGUUAGAUCAUAGAUAUGAAGAUGAGAGACUACCAUUUUUAUUGGAACUUAAUCCAGACGGUACCGAUAUUCCUAACGGAGCGGGUGUCAGGUAUCGUUUGCAACCAAAUGUGACGGAAGUUGGGUCGGAACGACCCUUCGGUCCGCAAGGCGUGCAAUCUCAAACUUUAACUCUCAGUGGACCUACCGUUAUGCCAAGGCACUGUGUUAUAGCGUUUACGGAAAAUAUCGUCACUCUGACGCCAUGCUCAAGGGACGCUCAUACUUUUGUGAACAAUCAACGAAUACAUCAGACUACCAUACUUCAAAAUGGAGCUAUCAUCAAGUUCGGAAGAAUGCAUACCUUCAGAUUCAUCGACCCCGCGCCCGACGACCGUAUCAGGCAACGUCAUGACUCUAACAGACAGAUCGAGUACGCAUACGACCGACGAUCGCCAGAUGCUACCAGCCAAGAAGCAAAUUCGGACAAGUACAGAUCAGGUUCUGGAUCCCCAAACGGUGCUGGACACGCUCAAAGUCCUGGUCAAACUUCGAAUCCUCCAAGUCCCACUAAAUCUACGGCAGCUAGCACAUCGCGUAGUCCCACGCACGGUACUCACGCACCCGAAGUGACUCACAAUUACGAAACGACCUUCGACCUGGAUGGCAAUGUGGAAACGGCGAGCUUAACGAGUAGUAGAGAUGGCAACAGGCAUCCCCAAUACGAUAAUCAACCACGAGGAACGGACCCUAUUCUACCAGCAGUAUUGGAAUUUUUAGAAGAUACGGAGGAAGCGUUUCUACGUGCUGUCAUCACCGACGUAGAUCCCUCAGCGCCGCAAUUCAAACUCGCACCGACUUAUACUCUUUAUUUGGCUGCUAGAUAUCGUGCCAGCACUCAUUACAGACCGGAAUUACAACCUACGGAAAGGGCACACCGUUUGACUGUGAUGCUUGCGAAUAUUGCUUUGAUGAUACAAGGGGUGAUUCAGGAAAGAUAUAUGGAUGCGUCUUCGUUGGCGUUCUGGCUCGCAAAUGGUUCUGAAUUAUUGCACAUGUUAAAAAGCGACCGUCACGUUGGUGCAUUUUCAACGAGAGCUCAAGAUAUUCUAGCCGAUGCCGUUCAUGCUGCAUUCGCAUCUUUGGUACAUUGCGUUUCCCUUGAAUUGACACCAGCGAUGUCACAAUUCAUGGCGGACGCUGAUGAGCCCGCUAAGGAAGCUGGCGUUCUACAAAUAUUCUCGAAUACGAUGGCUCUCUUAAGACGUUGUCGAGUUAACGCAGCACUGACUAUCCAAUUGUUUAGUCACCUUUUUCACGCGAUCAACGCAAUCGCUUUCAACGCUUUAGUUUCUAAUGGGAAUCUCUGCGUCCGAUGGUUUGGUCGAAGGUUAAAAGCAAGACUGAAUGCUUUAGAAACUUGGGCUGAGAGACAAGGCCUUGAAUUAGCCAGUCAAUGUCAUUUGGCUACGAUCAUGCAAGCUACGCAUCUUCUCCAAGCACCGAAAUAUAACGCCGAAGAAUUGGCUACAUUGAGUUCUACCUGUUUCAAAUUGAAUUCGUUACAGGUCAGAGCUUUGUUGCAAAAAUAUCAACCGGCUGCCGACGAGCCACGACUUCCUGCCGAGCUUAUUGAAAAUGUCGUCAGAGUAGCCGAAAGUGUCGCUGACACUCUUGCACGUGCCGACGGACGUGAAAUACGUUUGGAAGAAGAAUCAACAUUGGCGUUAGCAUUACUAUUGCCAGAGGAUGGUUAUAGUUGCGAGGUGAUAAGAGGUGUGCCACCGGGAUUGGUUGAAUUUCUAGCACCCUUGCAACAAGAAGGUUUCUGUCGAAUGGCACCUCAACCUACUAGUAGUGGUUACUGGACUAUAUAUAUGAUAGAUCAUCAUACAAACCUUCGUAGUCCAAGUGCAAUGAGUAAUAGAUCAGGUGGUUAUACUAGGCACGUUGGACAAAACCAAGGUCAACCAGAAAUACAUAUCAUAAAAUUACAUAAGUCGACCAAUGGUAUGGGUUUGAGUAUCGUUGCUGCCAAGGGUGCUGGUCAAGAUAGAUUAGGCAUUUACAUCAAAAGUGUUGUUGCCGGCGGUGCAGCAGACGCGGACGGAAGACUAGCUGCUGGUGAUCAAUUACUUAAAGUAGACGGACAAAGUUUAGUAGGGAUAACGCAAGAAAAAGCUGCGGAGUAUCUAGUUCGUACGGGACCAACAGUGACGCUAGAAGUUGCUAAACAAGGCGCGAUAUAUCAUGGACUUGCUACUUUAUUAUCUCAACCAUCUCCUAUAAUGACGAGGGCACAUAAGGCCAGGCCAAAGUCAGAACACAUAAAAACCCCCGCUAGACCUUCGGAAGUGUCCGUGCCACCAUCUACGUCACACUCGAUGGGCAAUCUCUUGUCCGUACCAUUGCAGGGUGCUCCUCCUCAAGAACAUUACGUUGGCUGGGACGUAGAACAAUCCACAUUACCAGGUGCGACCGCUUCACAACUUCCCAAAACGAACUUGUACCUUAACGAAUACGAGCGUUGUUCUCUGAGUCCUUCGCCCUCUUAUCCAUUAACGCAGAAUCCGCAUCAAUGGCGUAAUAAUUUCGUCAAGACGCGAUCGGCAUCCGUUUAUCCGGUCAGAGAUAUGGCCGACAGGUUUAACGAAGAACGAAUGCCACCGGGAAAUUGGCAUAAUUUAUCAACGAUUCCUAUAAUCCAAGAAUCGGAAGGAAUACAAUUGUCAAUACCUUGUAAUUUUCGAAGACAGUGUCCUCACGAAAUCAAAAAUAAUUUCGAGUUCCCCAUUGAUGCUAUCGUACCAGCAACUUGUGAACAUCGAGAUGAGAGUAUGUCCGGGUUAACUUUUAAACAAAUUGAUAAGAACGAAGAUCAUACGAUUCAGGAUCAUUGGACUUGUCCAUUUCAUGGAGAUAAUUACGUGAAAAGAAGAGUCGAUGAGACUCCUAAUGCGUCUUCGUCGUCGAUUCCAUUCGGUGAGGAAUGUUUCGAUUCUAUUCCUUACAUAGAUCAGAUUGAUGACAAUUAUCCUGAUGCUUACGAGGAAUCUGAAGAUAACGAGGAACGUAAGGAUCGAAAGGAGGAGCAUAGCGUUUUGUCCGGUGAUAUUUCGCAAGACGAGCCAAUAAAUAAUAAAAAAUCUUGUAAGAAUUUAUUUUCUUUCUCCGGCGAAUGUAAAGCUACUGAUCAUACCCAUGAAAUAGGGGCACGAGUAGAAAUAUCUGGCAUCAUAUCGAAAGAAGAAUGCACGGUUUGUCAAUGUUCCUUAAAAUCAAGAAAAAGUAUCGAAAGUCAAACGAGCCAGGUCGAUGAUUCCCCGAAACUUAGCUUAUCGUCGAAGAAAUUAUCGUCCAACGAAAUCGAUAGUAACAGCGAUAACGACGAUGAGAAUUAUUCCAACGUAUUUACCGAUACGACGGAUCAAAACGACGAACAGGAAUUGAGUACCUCUGAAUUAAUUACGAAGGACGACGAAAUUGUAACGCCCGAAUUAAUUCUUGAUUUGAGUGGAAUGAACGACGACGCGGUUUCCAGCGACACGUCGAGCACUGGCAAAUUUUGGAAAUCACCUGACGAAGUACGUUUAGGUUGCGGAAGGGUAGCGACCUUGGCUAAACAUUUCUCAGCGUUAGGUGACGGUGGAUUGAUCAAAAUGAACUCUAUGAAAUUGAGACGGUCCAGACAAUUCGCAUCUGAGCCAGACAUAAUAUCACCGAGAAGUUCAACGACCGAGGUACGAGAAUCUGCGAACUGUAAAAUGUUCAAAUCGGAACCUGACUUGUGUUACGAGGACAAGAGUACUCAAGUGUCGCCUGAAAGAAAAUAUAGCGUUUAUAUGGACGACGUCAAUAUGAUUAGGGAAGAUGCGAACAAUGAUGGAAGUGUCACGAUUAAAGGUAAAAAAAAAAAACUCUCUAUAGCAGAGCAACAACAUAUAAUAGAACAAAUUAAAGAAUUUUCUAAUCUGGACAAUGCCGAUGCACCUUUGUGUUUACCCCAAGAAAAUCAAAUAGCCGAUUCCGUAGAUAAUUCAGAGGCAUCCUGUUCUAAAUCGUUUAAUAAUAAAUCGAUAAUUAGUGGUACUGAAUCGGAUAUGGAGACGUCGAAAAAAUCUCGAAAGUCGUCGUCGUCGUCGUCGUCGUCGUCGUCGGCAUCGUCGAACGCUGAAUCUUUAAAUAACAAUUCAUCUAAGAAAGAAGAAAUGAAACGUAAAAAACAUGGAGUUUGCAAGCUAGGAAGAUGUUGUUCUCUCAAAGAAUUAUCAUCCUCGGAUGGAAUGAAACACGAUGGAAUUAAUUUGAGUCCAGCUCUUAAAAAAUAUUUCCUUUUCCCAGCGCGUUCUAACAGAGUAGUUUCAGCACCAGAUAUCUCGAAGAAAGCUACCGCUAUGCUCUAUCUACGUUUAAUAAAACAUCAUCACGAUAAUGACGGCAAUUUUACGGUUCACGGUACCUUAUCAAUUGGAAAGAAGGAAGAAGAAAAAAAAGGGGGAUCUAUAGGAAGCCCGAAUGAUCUCAAUUCUAAUUCGUCUCUUUCACGAUCGUCGAAGUUAUCGUUCAGUUGGGAAAAUUUGCAAAGUGAGAAGAGCGAUGUUCGUUCGAAAAAAUGUCAAACGCCGUUAUUAAAUGGACGACGAUUGUCGAAGAGUCAAGAGAUCAUUCAUAAAAACAAUAUCUCUCAAGAUGACUAUAAUCAAAUGUCGAAAAAAUUUAAUCAAUGUCGUCGUAGUCGUUCGACUACGUGCGGUACUACGUCUUUUCAAAAAAAAAGAUCUAAAGAUGAUCUUCGUGUCGUCGGUGAUACUACAACGACGAUAGACAUCGAAGGUAAUUUGUAUCUUAGUCGAACGUGCAAAACAAAAUCUAAAUCGGCACGUUCUAUUGCCCAUAAUUGCUUUAAUAUCGUCGAAAAAUCAAAAAGUGACCCGGACAUCUCGCGAUCUAAAUCAACGUCCAGAUCGUCAAGAAAGGAGAAACGAGAUAUUCACGUAUUUCCAUCGUUGGAAAUCGGUUCCGCUUCGCGGCCUCGCCGCAUGAGCGAACGUGAUCUUUCAUCUAGACUUGGACGUGAAACGAUUCCCCAACAAAUUCAUAGCAGCAAGUCCGUCCCAGCUUUGCACAAUAUGGGUGCCGAAGGGAAACAACAACAUGAAAUAUUCAACCCGGGUUAUAGCAGAGCAUCGUCGAGUAAUAGCGUUACACCACCGGUUCAACCAUCACCGAUGCCUGCAAUGAACGGAGCUUCUUGCCUACGCUCUAGAUCGAGCCAUAACUUGCACGAUCCAACGAGAAUUGGGGCAUUACCACCGACUGGUUUGGUUAGCAGGCAACAAUCCUCGCCAAACUUAAAUCCGAAUCAACCUCAUGGAUCUUUCCAAAAUAAUUUACAAAAUAACGAGGCCGAAAGAUUCUAUCAGAAUUUGAGCGUUUAUAGAAAUCAGGAUUCUACAGGGAAACAACAGCAGCCAAGUUUAUCGCAGCAACACAUGGAGGAGAGGAAUACUUUACACACGCAACGAAGCUCAAGAGGAUCGCAAAACUCUUUGAAUCGGCCGCCUGCGCAAGAAUUGAAUCAGGGAAGAGAUAGACCGAUAUCUGCUCAUAUUCCUCAAACUCAACAACAAGGUUAUUCCGGUAAUCAGAUGCAACAUCAAAACGUAGUUCCUCCUAGAUCGCAAUCCUCGCGAGAUAUAAUACGUCAGGAAGCUAAGCUUCAAGAAAUGCAGGAAGAAGUUAGAAGACGCGAAUUACGUGGUGGUGCACCGAUGAUCAAUCAGUAUAGACCAAAUACAUAUAACAUGAGACCGGCAAAUGCUAAUCAAACAGCUGGUAUUGUACCUGCUCGUGCUCUUGUUUCAAGACCAUUAGGUUCUACACCUAAUUUAGCAACAACCUCAGCAACGAGACAACAAAUGGGAGCAACGUAUGGUCAUCCUGAUGUUGCUGCUGCUUAUUCUCAAUAUGGUCAAUGUAACAAACAUCCGACUGCUGGUAUAAAUCAAUACGGACUAGCGUCCAAAGGAAAGACAGAACCAUCUCGUCAUGUACCAACUAUUGAAUCUGGAAAGGAAUCUCUCGCAGUUCAAGAUUCUACUAGAUCCCAUUAUGAUCAUAAUCGUCAAUAUAUGACUUCCCAGAAUGGAUCACAUUAUACUCAUGGACCAUCUGAUCUACGAAACGAUCAGUAUUCAAAUGACAAUACUACUGUGAUUCAAGAUAACGUCGAAGGAAAUUCUUUUAGUACUACUGAAGUUCCACCAGCAAGACCUGCUCUUCCUGAAGAUGGGUAUAGGGAAAGUCCACCACCACCACCACCCAAUACGUUAACUCAUCCGUUGUAUAAUAAUCAAGCAGAUUCGAGGUAUACAGCAAGUAUGCAAGACCCACCGAGAGGUGGUUAUUAUCCAGCAAGUGGAACAGGGACGAUGCAACAACCUCGACAAUAUCAAUAUAGUGCCAGUAAUCCUUGGCAACGUGAAGAACGUGAAAAGGAACAAGCUCGUAGAAGAGAAGCAGCUAGACAAUGGCGCGAUCAACAAAUUGCGGAAUUAAGUGCUUUGCCUCACCGAACUCCUCAACAAGACGAACAGUUACGUGCUCUUCAAUUGGAACGAGAUUUCCAAAAAAGAGCAGAAGAAGCUGCCAAUCAACAGGACGACGACGACGAAUGUAAUGACAUUGAUACCGAAAGUAUACCACAGGCUCAAGGUUUAUUGAGUGUAGCUAAUUCUCAAGAAAGAACGAACACAGCAAGUCAACAACAUACGUUGUCAAGAGCAAACGUAAAUAAUCAAUCGAUAAGAGGUACCCCACCUACGUCGCAAACUGUUAAUAGUCCACUAUCUCCGAAUGCUGCUGCAAAUUCGUGCUUAGUACAAAAUGAUAAUUCCGGUUUACUGUAUUUACAACAACAGCAACAACAACAGCAACAACCACAACCACAACAACAGCAACCACAACAGCAUACCAAUCAAUCUCAAAAUAAUACAGUACAGUUAUCUAGCUCGUCAAAUUAUAGUUCGUCUUUGUCUCAUAUUGGAAGUAUUCAAAAAACGUAUACAACUGCAAUGUCUCAAAAUAAUGAAGAAAGAGAAACGCAACAACGUCGAAUAGAAGAAAUCAGAAGGAAAGAAUUCGAUGAGAAUCAAAGACAAAGAGAAGAAGAAAAUAGGCAUCAACAACAACAACAACAACAACAGCAGCAGCAGCAACAACAACAGCAACAACAACAACAACAACAACAACAGCAGCAGCAACAACAACAACAACAUAUUCAGCAAUUAUAUAAACAACAGCAACAACAUAUGCAACAUUAUAGGAAUCAACAAGCAUUGCAUCCAAAUAUGCUAAGAUUAGACAAUUUAGUUAUCAAUGGACCUAACACGUCGCCGUCUUUACAAAAUGGAAAUACCGAUGCACCUCCACCACCAGAACGUGGAUCUAGUUAUGCAGUGAUGUCUCAACAAAGUGCACUUAGGUCGAACAGUUCGACUUCUUCAAACAUUGCCUUAACACCUCUAACAUCUUCGACGAUUAAAAGGGUUUCUUUUCACGAUCCAAACGCAAACACUGAAACAACGCCACGCAAUGUCAUGUCUGGAAAUUUAAAUACUUCGUCCUCGAUGGGCAUGGUCACUAUUAGAGAAGAUCCUAAUAAUUUUAUCAACGAUGCUGAAAAUUUAUUAGCGUCUCCAAAAUCUCCGGAAGGUCCUGGCGUUCCAUUUGUUAGCGCCACACCCGGUGUGAUCGGUGCACAAGAAGUAUACAAAGAUCCACGACAGAAACGUCUCGCUGAAAAACAAAAACAACAAAAUUUGCAAAUGGGUGCGGUACCCGAGAAGCUUAGUUUCAAAGAAAAAAUGAAGAUGUUUGCUAUGGAAACUGGAGAGGAUGGUACACCGAGGGACAAAGUGAAAAUAUCUCGAGCUCAGCGUGAAAUUGAUAACAUCGGUGGUCCUCUUAGUCCUAAUAACAAUACUACGAAAGGCUAAGUGUAAAAUAAUUUCGUCCUUUUCUUAUAACUAUUUACGGAAGUGUAUACUACAUAACUUGUAGUUAUGAUCCAACUUCGUUGCUUGAUCAUGAAUCAUCAACUAAGAGAAGAGCCAUUCUAUAUAUCUCUUUAUAAAGCUUAUACAUAUUUAAAAUGAAAACGAGGGAACAUAGAAAAGAAAACAACAGUUUCAUCUCGACAUUUUUAGGGAUGCCUUAAUUCUAAAAAAAAAAAGAUUAUAUUACAAUAUCGUUAUCGUAUUUUUCGUCUCUAAUAGACACACAUAUACACACACACACACACACACACACAUAAAAAUUCUUAAAUAUUCAAUGAUUUAAGAGUUUAAAAGAAAUCAAACGAUAGAAAUUAUUAUACGGAAUGAACCAAAAGUUCUUGAGUGAUCACGAAAAUCGAUUAUUCUUAUUCGAGAAUUUUUACACAAUAAUCUUUUCCUUUUUCUUUUUUUUUUUUUUUUUUUUCAGAUUGUUAAACUACGAACGUAGCUUUUAAAAUGACAAGUCCAAAUCGCAAAUCUAACAAAAUUUCUGCAAAGGGUAAUUAAUUUUUAAAAUCAUUUAGAAACUUUUGGUACAAUCUGUAUAUAUAAAUAUAUAUAUAUAUGAGAUAGAAGCUGAUUAUGUCGAUGAAUAUAUUUAUCGGGAUCAAGUUUUGAAUGAAAAUGAAAUAAUAUUAUCUAUGUUGAUCGUCGAGAGAAUAAUAGAAUUUGGCAGCCAUAUUUUAAAGUCUUAAAACUAUCCGUCGACGAUAAUAUACUACAUUCGUUAUGCCGUCUCUUCGGUGGACCAACUUAAUUCUAAUAUUUUAUGAGGAUAUAGUAUUUAAGAUGUAGCUUUUGAAAAUAUACAGAAAGAAAACAAAAACUCAUUAAAGAGUAAUUCUUGGUCGGUGACAUUUCAAUGAACCAAUCAGAAUGUACCUCACAUGAUUGUACAUAGGCUGAACAUAGCCGUCCGUUGCUUCUAUUGUUUGAUAUUUAUAUUUAUAUACAUCUGUAUGUAUGCGUGGGUGCAUGUGUUUUGUAUGUGUGUUGCGUGUGUGGGUGUGUGCAUGAAAAAAAGCGCGAAUAUCAACUUCGUCAUAUUAUAUUUCUUCUUUCUCUCUUUUUCUUCUUCUUUUUCAUUAAACUACUGCAUAGCAAUUUUAAUGUGUGAGUACUGUACAAAAUACACAAAGAAAAACGCGCGUACAUAGCUUUAAUAAAGCAAAUUAUAUAGGUAAUCGUAAUAAUACUCUAUAUAAGAACCGAAUAUGCUUGUACAAUAUUUAUAUAUAUAUAUAUAUUUAUAUAUAUAUAUAUAUAUAUAUAUAAAUAUAUAAAUAUAUUUAUAAGAGCCUAUAAGAUCACAAAGAAAGCAAGCAAAACGAAAUAAGUGUUAUGAAAUUGUUCAUGCGUUCGACGAAGGGUCGUUCACCUCUAAGUUGUAGGUGAUGGCAAACAAAAUACGCAUCUAUGGUUUUGUAAUAUAUUGUGCAAGAGAGUUACGGAACAACACUAAAAUAUCUGAAUACUAAUCAGUAGAAAUGUGAAUUAUAUUGUCUAAAAUGUAGAAAUUUAUAAAGAAAAAAAAAAAAAAAAAACAAAUUACAAGUAACUCUUAUAUAUAUAUAUAUACACACACACACACACACAUUUGUGUACAGGCAUCAAAAGUUCUUUAAACAUUUUGAAAAAAUCGUAUAGCUUAGUAUCGUAGAGAAUUAAUAAAGAUUACAAUAAGAUAAUCUUUAUAACGUGAGAAGACAGUGUAAAGUUGUUCAACAUGUCUGUGAACAUUCAUGAAGUCUAUUGAAGUUUAUUUCGUUAUAUUAUAAAUUGAUCAUUGUUUUAUUAAUCUUGUUUAUAUAUUUAUUAUAUAUAAACGAAUGUUUAUUUCAUUAUAGUGCAGAUUUAUGUAUCGAAAGGAAUGUAAAAAAUAACUUUAGUUAUAUUACAUAAAAAUAACGUAAAAUAUUUACGUUUCAUUUAGAAUGUCCACAGACUUCGAGAGAUUCGAUCACUGUACCGAAAUAUAAGGAUCGUGGAAGAGUCACAUUUUAAUAAGAGUUUCCUGCAAACUUUAGUUUGAUAAAUCUUACAAAACAAAACACAUAGCAAUAUUAGUAGUUAAAAGAAAAAAAGAAAAAAAAAAAAAGAAAAAAAAAAAAAAGAACGCGUUAAUGACUGUUAAUCUGGCAAGUAACGACCGGUCGAGUCGAAUAUACAUACUUGCUGGUAUAUAAUAUUCCUUGUAUUUAAACAAUUAUUUCUCAAAAUAUAAAUUUCAUGUAUUACGUACGACGUCAUAUUUCUGUACGUAUAUGCUAUGUAUUCUUGUACCUUUGGAAUCUUUAAAAAGGACAUACAAAAUCAUCUCUUGUUCUCUUGUUCUGAUAUAUAAAAAAAUAUCUUAUAUAUUAUUAAUAAUAACAUUAUAAAAACGUUCCUAUGAAAUAUAUAUAUUUCGGGACAGAACAGACAGAAGGAGGUACUUAUAUAAGUGUAUAAUAUUGAAGAAAAGAUAUGACUCUAUGAAAAUAUUCUUUGAACAAGACUUUAAAGGAAUUAUUCAACGAAAUAGUUCGGCCAAUUUAAUCGAUUACAACGAUCGUGUUAGUGUUUUGAAAAUAAUUGUUGUACGCAAUUAAUGCGAAAUAUCGUUUGCAGUUUUCACCGAGAUAGAUACGACUCUUCCGGCGUUUAUUUAAGUUUGCAAAAAGUAUUUUUUUAUGUUUAUUAUUAUUAUUAUUAUUAUUAUUAUUAUUAUUAUUAUUUUUCUUUUUAGUACAUUUUAGAUUUUUAAAAACUGACCGUGAUAUGUCGUGCAGCUCAUUAAGAAAUUUUGUUAAAAGAAGGCAAUCGAACCAACGUAAUUCUAUGCGUUUAGAUUGUUCGGUUGUAACUUCGAAGAAAAAAUAAUUGAAUGUGUUUGUUUAGGAUCUAGGUUUCGGCCCGUAUUCCGAGCGUUAGAGUGUAGAGACUUACGAAAUGAAAUAUUUUUUGAAAAUAAACAAAUGCUCUAACACCGAGCAAUCUGUUAGCACGCUUCGAAUACGGACCUUCAGCUCUUUAUACAGCCAUAUAUCGUUAAGAUAGUGAUAUAUGUUCGUUCUCUUCGAUCCUGUAUUGCCCAUGUGUCUUUAAAUAAUAUACAAGUACGUGAUUAGUAGAAUGAUUUUUACCUAUAUAGAUAAUUCACAUACAUUCGGUUAACUUUAGGUCAAUGAAAAAAAGAAUUAUGUAAUUUAGUUUAACACAGCAGUUAAGUUGAUGUAACGAUUAUCACUAUUCAUUUUCAAUUCUGAGUUUUCUUUAUAUUCGACUUUUUAUUCCGAAUAAUUAAUUCUAUUAAUAAUGGGCAAUGUUUUCUGACAAGUGUUUUAGGCUGGACAUCUUGUUAUUAUUUACAUAGGAUUUGCAAAAGUGAAAUUUCAACAAGAUACUAAAAAAAAAAAAAAUAACUUUAAAAAAUAUAUUCAAGUUGUGCAACUAUUUAACGAAUAAAAGAAACAAAUUCCCUCCUUUGCGUGCGUAAGAUAUACAUGCACGUAUAAAUAGUAUUUGCACUUUGUAUUUUGUAAUAACAUUUUAUUCAAUUACAGUGGAGUCGUAGCGUUUGGUCUAAUUAUAUAUCGAGUUACGGUCACACACAACGAUCAUAAACGUUUAACUAGCAUUAUUACAUUUUACCUACAUUACUGAUUGCACCUUUAGAAAACGGACUAUAUUUUUUAAUUACUGUAUUAUGUCAAUAUAUUACAGAGAUGAUAUACUAUCAUUGACGAAGAAAUAAACGUCAUAUCAGCAGGCAA